GAAGUGCGUUGACUGCGCGGAGGUUGAAAUUCAAAAGUGACUGGUGUGGCGGAUUGGCUUGGCCGAUUGGCCUGGCGAAUUGGCCUGGCUCCGACGUUUUGCGGCGCGAGCCCUUGAGAGGACGCGGGUCUCGUCACCCUGCCUGCUGCCUUUGCAUCCCUUCCUGUGCGGACCACCAUGGACGUGCAGGCGCAGAGAAAGGGAAGGGAAGGGAAGAGGAACGUAGAACUGAAGGCGGCCCUGGUCAAGUCCUCCUCCCGACUGCCCCUGUCAGCAAGCAGCCUCAAGAGGGGUCCUGACCAGAUGGAGGAUGCCUUGGAGCCUGCAAAGAAACGGACACGAGUCAUGGGUGCAGUGACCAAAGUUGACACAUCCCGUCCCAGAGGACCACUCCUCAGCACAGUGUCACAGACCCAGGGCCACAAUGCAGCUCAGAAAGGCCCUAAGAAGACAGGACCUGGUGGGUGCUCUGCUGUUGGUACAGUGCUGAGGAGCCAGAAGCCAGCUCCCGCUGCUCCUGCGAAGCCUGGCACAUCCACUGCUCCUGUGGUGGUAGGGAAGAGAGCUGGCAAACGCCCUGCCUGGGACCUGAAGGGCCAGUUGUGUGACCUCAAUGAAGAGUUGAAACGCUAUCGGGAGAAGACUGAAACGCUGGAACUGGAGAACCGGGGUCUUCGGGAGCAACUCAGAGAGGUCCAGGAGCAGGCCACGACCCUGGGGACAGAGCGGAACACCCUGGAAGGGGAGCUGGCCAGUGUACGCAGCCGAGCUGAGCAGGACCAGCAGAGGCUGGAGACGCUGAGUGCCCGUGUCUUGGAGCUGGAGGAAUGUCUGGGUACCAGGGAAAGGCUGCUUCAGGAGCUUCAGGGAGAGCGGCUGCAAUUGCAGGAGGAGCGGAGCACACUGAGCACCCAACUGGAGGAGCAGGAGAGGAGGUUUCAGGCCACAGAAGCAGCUCUGUCAAGCAGCCAAGAAGAGGUGGUGUGUCUUCGGCAGAAGACUGAAGCCCAGGUGACCUUACUGGCUGAGCAAGGAGACCGGCUCUAUGGGUUAGAGAUGGAGCGGCGGCGACUCCACAACCAGCUGCAGGAACUGAAGGGCAAUAUCCGGGUGUUCUGCCGCGUGCGCCCUGUCCUCGAAGGGGAAUCCACUCCAUCUCCUGGCUUCCUCGUGUUUCCUCCUGGCCCUGCUGGACCCUCUGAUCGCCCGACGGGCCUUAGCCUCUCACGAUCUGAUGAUCGGCGCUCCACCCUGACUGGGGCCCCGGCACCCACUGUCCGCCAUGAUUUCUCCUUUGAUCGGGUGUUCCCGCCGGGAAGCAAGCAGGAGGAAGUGUUUGAGGAGAUCGCCAUGCUUGUCCAGUCAGCACUAGAUGGCUACCCUGUGUGCAUUUUUGCCUAUGGACAGACAGGCAGUGGCAAGACCUUCACUAUGGAAGGAGGGCCUAGGGGAGACCCCCAAUUGGCAGGGCUGAUCCCUCGGGCCAUGCGGCAUCUGUUCUCUGUGGCCCAGGAGAUGAGCGGCCAGGGCUGGACAUACAGUUUUGUGGCGAGUUACGUAGAGAUCUACAAUGAGACCGUUCGAGACCUGCUAGCUACUGGGCCCCGCAAGGGACAAGGGGGCGAGUGCGAGAUCCGUCGGGCAAGCCCAGGGAGUGAGGAGCUUACUGUCACCAAUGCCCGCUAUGUCCCUGUUUCCUGUGAGAAAGAGGUGGAGGCCCUGCUCCAUUUGGCUCACCAGAACCGGGCUGUGGCCCACACUGCCCAGAAUAAGAGAUCAUCACGCAGUCAUAGUGUGUUCCAGCUGCAGAUUUCUGGAGAGCAUGCAGCCCGGGGCCUGCAGUGUGGCGCUCCCCUCAACCUUGUGGACCUAGCUGGGAGUGAGCGGCUAGACCCUGGCUUACCCCUAGGCCCUGGGGAGCGUGAUCGUCUUCGGGAGACACAGGCCAUUAACAGCAGUCUGUCUACAUUGGGACUGGUCAUAAUGGCCCUGAGCAAUAAGGAGUCCCACGUGCCUUACCGAAACAGCAAGCUCACCUACUUGCUGCAGAACUCUCUGGGUGGCAGUGCCAAGAUGCUUAUGUUUGUGAAUAUUUCUCCUCUGGAAGAGAAUGUCUCCGAGUCUCUGAAUUCACUACGCUUUGCUUCCAAGGUGAACCAGUGUGUCAUUGGUACUGCUCAGGCUAAUAAGAAGUGAAGUCGGAUCCAGAGCCCUUGCAAGCCAGUGCGCAUGCGUCUCUGUUUUAGUGUGUAUUUAUUCGGUGGGGGUGGGUGGGAGUUGAGACAUGAUAUUACUGGGUAUUUAUUAUGUAAUAAAGAAUAAUCUUUUGUAUGUUAAUCCUUUUCUUAAUCUUAGAUUUUAAAAAAUUGUGUGCAGUUGUUUUGCCUGAGUGUAUAUGCAUGCACCAUGUGCAUGUCUCCUGCUCCAGUGAGUUCAGAACAGGGCUUCAGGUCCUUCAAGAACUGGGAUUAUGGAAUACAUGUGGGUCCUCUGCAAAAUCAGUCAGUGCUCUUAACCGCCCAGCCAUCUUCCCAGCCCGGCCCUUGUUACAGCUCUAAACGGUUUUAUUAACUUAACGGUUUUAGCUGCCAAAGGAAGGUAUUGUAAAUAAAUACUGUAAGCACGUA